UAAUCGACGUAAUCCCUCUACACUCGACCUAGCGACGACCUGCUCGCCGGCUUGCAUCCCCAGUCCCCACCCCAGUCGCUCACACCGGCGGUGCAGCUCCUCCUUGGCGUUCUCCCGUCACUCUCCGAAUCCGUUCUCUAGCGGCCAGCGCCGACAACCAAUUGGAACUACGGGACGAACCUGCUCGCCGGCAUCUCAUCACCAGUCGCCGCCGGAUUGAAUCCCCAGUCAUUCACACCGGCAAUGCUCCUCCGAUCCGCCUUUGCUUUCUCCCCGUCACUCUCCCACUCCGUGCACUACAACUCUCCUGAUUCAAAAUCCCCCUCCUACCCACCUUCUCUCUACAUCUGGUUCAACAUAUAGACUAUGCUUGACGUAGCUUCCAGCAUCGGCGAGUCAUCUUCUUCGCAUAUUGAAGAUUACUUGGAUCGAAGCAAUGUACCGUGGAAUGGUCGUGCCAUUUUCUUACCACCUGAAACUGCUCCCCCCGCCCCAAAGGACCCCAGGGUAUAUGAAGCAGAGUUAGAGGCAAUGCAGGCUGAGCUGGAAAAACUUACCUCCAACUUUGUUAGUGUUGCGCGACAACGACGACGUGCUAUACUUACAACUAAUCGAUCCCGUACUGCCACACAUAUGGGAGACACACUUACAUCUCUACAAACCUAGUUCACAAAGCUUAAUGCUGCACGCAAUAGAAUGUCGAGGCGCAUUCAUCUCUACCAGAAACGACAGGGGCAAAAUUACUUCCGGGACCAAUCUGGAUAUCCAUCUGUUGAGGUCUUUACAGUGGGCGCACCAUCAUGUGUGUGUUCUUUUUGUGGGGCUAGCAUGUGGUAUUUGGAGAAUGUAAGCUCUACACGAUCUGCGGCACCUUUGUUGUUUUCAUUGUGCUGCAAACAAGGAAAGGUUAGACUGCCACGUCGCAGGGACCCCCCGGAAUUUCUGAAAACUUUGCUUGAAGGGAGUACUGUAAUUGCCCGACAUUUUCGUCAAUUUAUUCGCGGAUAUAAUGGAAUUUUCUGUUUCACCUCGCUUGGUGGCAAGGUGGAUCAUUCUAUCAACAAUGGAGCUGGUGUCUAUGUUUACUCUAUUGGUGGACAAAUAUAUCAUCGCAUUGGCAGUUUACUUCCUCCUGAAGGUACAUCCCCCAAGUUCGCACAACUCUAUAUCUAUGACACAAUGAACGAGACAAGAAACCGAUUGGAUUUCUAUAAUCAAGAUAGAGAGGCGAAUCCUUUACGUGAGUCUGUUGUCGAAGGAUUGCAGGCGAUGUUAGAUGAGAAUAAUAUUUUGGUUCAAACGUUCCGCACUACAAGAGAUAGAUUAAACGAAGGGGCAAUCCAACAAGCUCAUAUAAGAUUGCUUCCCUCUGUCUGUGAAGAAGGCACUCCCAGCAAUGAAUCAAAGUGUUCCGAUUGCUCA